UCUAGUUUUUGUAAUAAAACAUAAUAAUAAUGCGAAAAGAAUAGGUAGAGUUCGACAGCCUUUCAAUUUUCAUGAAUAAGACGGAGAUAAAAGAUCGAUCGCCUCUUUCAUUCCAAACGGGUUGGCAAUGUUGUCUGUCAAAAAGCGAUGCAUUUAGUGAUGAAUCAAUCUUGGUAAAAAGUAGACGUACGUUUUUGUGGCGUAAAGUAGAAUAUUGCUGUUUACAAUUAAAACGUGAGUAUAUUAUUCAUAUUUUUUUAAUAAUAAAAUGCAAUAUUUCAAUUUAAUUCUAUUUAAUAUUUAAAAUUGUGGUAUUGUCAAAUGCAUAAUCUGUACUUAUUUCAGUUUAGUUUUAAAUUGUUUCAGUGGUUUAAGAAGUAACUUGAGUUAUUUCAGUUUAUUUUUAAAAUUCUAUCGCAUUUUUUGUAACAUUAAAACCUAUUUCAGUUUAUUAUCAAAAUGUGGUAAGAGUUGGGUUAAAUUUUUGUUUUUAUCUCAGUUUAUUAUUAAUAGCAAAAUAAAUUUAAUUGAUGUUAUUGUAAGUUAUUGCUUUUUCUGAUUAUCUAGGCUCUGCGACUAUGCGAAAAUGUUUUCAAGAGGCCGAAAGAUUUUAGGUCUACUAAAUAUCCCAGCAAUCGAAAAUGAGGGAGAAUUAGUGUCAAGUGUUGGACAUUGAUUCAGAUUUAUUGGUAAGGCACUUACUGUGUCAUUCCUUAUUACUAUUUGCAAACAUAGGUAAGCGCAAACCUAAUCAACGGUUGUUUCAGAAUUCACAAGAUCAAGAUAAUACCUCGUUAAACAUAGAAAAUAUUAAUCAUUCGAACGAAAACUUUGAUAUGAUAUUAAGUUAUUUAGAAGUGAGUACUAUGUUACAUUUUCAAUUAUUAUUUUAAUUAGUUUCACAAGUUUGUAUGAAAACAAAGGAGAUCCGUUUUAAUGAUUAUUUACUUUUUACAAAAACCAAUUUCGGUUGAAAUUAAGAGCAAUAUUAGUACCAAAUAUGACCAGCCUCUUUCUAUAACAAAAAGUCAAAAAUGUUUUCCUUUGAACCUUGUACCUGAUUAUGAUAAUCAGUCGUGCAUAGAAGACGAGAAGACAGUCGCAAAUACUGCGCGUCGUUCAUCUACCAGUUUGAUUUCUUCUUCAAAUUUGUUUGGAUCCUCUUCAAAUUCAGACAGUUUAACGUCAUCCAACAAAUCUGGACGAACAGAAGGAAGUUCUGUUUAUUUCCAAGUACUUAGACCUAACCAGAUUGCGAAUGUUUCUUCUGUAGAAUCGAGCCAAGACGACAUUAUUGAGAAUAUGCCGAUGACAGAUCAGUUAAAAUACAGCAGAGACAAACUACAACUUGCAAUUAAUUCUGCCUUACAUAAGCGUAGAUGCUGCCUUAAUAACAAUUUGGGGACAAUAUCUCCAAUAUACACUGAUGAGAGUGAUGUAUAUGACGAUGUCGCAGAUCCAACAUUUGUUUCCGAAGAUCAACUUACUGAAAGCUGUAGAAGGAGGUUUAAAUUAGUCCCGGCAACCUCUAGUUCUUCAGAUUCCGAGCCUGAAGUUGAGAUUGAGCAAAAAGGUCGUAAACGAACCCAGUGUCUACAAAAAUGGAAACAAAAUAAGGCAAAACAAUUGAGAAAUCUUGGAGAAAAAUAUGUAUCCCUUUCUAAAACUAAAAAGACGAUGCCAAGCCGUUGUCUUAAAAUACCAUGUGAAGAGAAAUGCCACUUAAAAUGUUUUCAAAAUAUUAGCACUGAGGAAAGAUAUAAGAUAUUUCGUAAUUUCUGGAAAUUAGGUGAUUUAGGUGAGCAAAGAGCUUUUAUCAAUUAGUCUAUGGUUGACCUGAUGCCCAAGUAUGCAGAAAUGCAUAAAAUGAAUAAACACAAAUGCAGAAAAGCCAAGAGCUCCAAACAAGGCCUACUACUUAACCUCAAAGAAUGUCAGGAUUAGAGUCUGCAAAUUAUUUUUCAAAAGCACUCUAGAUGUGACUGACCGCAUGAUACGUACAAUCCAACAUAAAAAAGAUAGUACUGGAAUAGUGCAAGGAGACCUUCGAGGAAAGCAUGGGAACCACAGGCAAUUGAAUAAGGAAUUAUAGUAAUAUAAGGAAGCAUAUAGAUUCCAUUCCUCGGAUUGAGCCGCAUUAUGUUCUUCAAGGCAGUAUAUUGACACAAUUUUAAUGUCAAUACAGGAAGAGUAUCAGUAAACUGGAAUGACAUAAAACAGAUAAAAGUUUCUAAGGAGAAUCCAUUUACAACUUACUACAAAACAUCUUACGAACAAAAGACCUGUCAGGAAAUCGAUAUAAGGAACAAACGAAAGAAGAUGCCACCCAUUAAUUUAAUCUCUCUUGAAAAAGCAUAUACUGAAAAGCAAGAGUUAAGUGAUAAUAAGAAGAAAGACUUACGGGAACUUCUCAAUAAAGGUCUUAUUCCUCCAUAUUAUUAUCAAAACUUCAACAAUACUACUUUGUCUGAUUAAGUUAAAACCUAUACUAAUUUUUCAUAGUGAUUUUAUAUUAUUAAGUACUACGAUAUAAAAGGGAUUUUUUUUUAAGUUUUUGAUUAUUAGAGAUUUUUAUUUUUUUGUUUGUUUUAGAAGUCGAUUUUGUUUUAAGCUUUAGAUCUCAAUUAUUCCAAAGUAUAGGUUAAAUAAAAAGUACCUUAGUACGUUAUUUGUGUAGUCCUAAUUUCACUAAGGCUCAUUUUAUUUGAUUUAUUGAACAUGAUGAUGAUUAUUAUAUUUAAGUAUUAAGAUUAACGUGAUGAUCUCUACCUUACUCAAUGUGUAUUAAACAAGGCUGUUUUAGUUUAUGCUAGAAGUUCCUACUUAUGUUAUUUUCAUAUUUUUUGUUACUAGUUUGUAAGUCUAUAGGUGCAAAACUUCAAGACUGAAAGUUUAUGUUGAUUAAAUAGUAUCCAAGCCAAGUCGUAGUUUUGUUUUUCACUGUUUUUUUUUAUAACAUUUUACUAAAUAAUUCUGUGAAUACAGAAUUUAUUUCAGAUUAAAUUUAUGUUUUUAAAAGUAGCAUAAAUAAAAAAAGAAAAUAUUUUGAUAUAAAUUUCAGUAGUCGUAUACUUACAGAUCAAAAGAGAAAUAACACUCAUAGCUACCAAUGAUUUAAUUUUUCUUUUAAAAUAAAAGAGAACUAUUUAGUUAAGUGCCAUAGCUUAUAUGUUUUUGAUUACUUUGUUUUUGUAAUAAACUGAAAUAAGUCGCA